GUGCCGAGAGCCUUGCUUGAACUCCGAGCAGGGCAACCAAGAACGGUGAAUUCGUGCCCGGUAUCUGUCGAAACAACAACAAAUUCGCGCUCACGCGUAAAAGCUCUUCUCUCUUCCUUCUCCUGCACGCGUCCGCCUCUCCCUUCUCACUUUUCAUAAUCUAAAUCAUCACAACAAACUUCUCGCCACCCUUCGCCAUCAUCAGGCGCAAAGCACCACCAUGCCUUCACUCAAACAAAUCACCUGCUCCAUCGAGUUAGGCAGCACACACACAAAAAUCACAGAGUAUGGUGAUGACUACGGCGACGGUCAUGUUACCAGUUAUGUCGCCGUCCCGGCCGAAGAGGUCAACUUCAGCAUCCAUCUCACUUCCAGCGGCUACAUUGCGCCUGGUUUGGCUAUGUUUGUCUACAUGGAUGGCCACUACCAAUGCAACCGUAACAGAAGAGGUCUCGUUGUGCCUGGAGAAAAGGUCAAGCCUGAGCAGUUUGAAGUCGACUUACGCGUGAGACAGAAGGAGUCGAAGCAACCGGAUGGCAGUUUCUUGGGAAGAGAUUGGUCGUUCCAUGGACUUAAUCUUGUGUCUGCCGAUACUGUAGAGGAGACUAGCGACGCUUUCCUCGAGAACCUGGGCACUAUCGAGGUCAUCGUCUUACGUUGCAAGGAUGCUCCUCAGCCUCCUGUCAACGUACCCACUCCCAGAGCUUCUACUGUCGAGGACUCCAUCAGAUCUAGUAGAGAAAACACUUCCAAGCCUACCAGCAGACCUGCGAGUAAGCGACCAUCGACACACUGUACUCGCGUCGAACGGAAGGAGCCAUCCGUAAAAGCUAAGGCGCCUUCCAAGGAACCUUCUACCAAGGAGAAGGUCCCCUCCAAAGUUCCUUCCAAAGUUGAGUCCAAGGCUGCCCCCAAACCUCCCACAGCAAAGACCGAAAGCGAAAUGGGCGGCUUCUUCGGCCUCUUCGACGGAGCCUCAGACGAUCCUAGCAUCCAACCCAAGCCAUACUGGUCAGACUGGAACAAACGCCCUGUUAAUAAUGGUCCUCAUCCCUCCCGCCGCGAUCUCAUGUACAUCGCCCCCGAAGAUCCUCUUCCCUCUGUUCCAAAGGCUGUUGCUCGCAGCAAGCAUGUCGAACAUCAAGUCAAGACAGGCAAAGGCGCACAAUAUCUGCAUCUCUGCGCCCGCCCCGAGUACUUGGACAGUAUGCAGAAGCCUUAUGCUGUGUUUACGUUCAAGUAUCGCAGUAAGAGAGUCAUUGAGAAGAAGUUCAAGAUUGCCAUCAAGGAGGAAGGAGAGCACUUGAAGGCCAAAUUGGCCGAUAUGUCCAAGGAUGAACUUGCAGAGGAGUUGUACAGGUUGCGAAUGGCCAGCAAGGAAAGCAGCAGCAGCAAGAAGACCUCUACCCCCGACAAGGUCCCCACCACCGCAAAGCCUACCUCCCACAAGGCCGCAUCAGCCCAGCCAGAAGCAACCUCAAAGGAUCUUCCUCCUACACAAGGCAAGACCUGGGAAAUGUCCGCCGACAAGACACCCAUAAAGCCGACAUCGAAGGCACCCUCAAAGGUCGCCUCGAAGGCUCCGACUGCUCCCGCCAUGUCCUGGGACGCCACUCCUCAAGCUGACUGGGGCACUGCUCCUGCACCUCAACAGUCCUGGGACACUACCACUCCUCAAGCUGACUGGGGCAGUGCUCCCACACCCCAACAGUCCUGGGACACUACCACUCCUGCCCCUGCAAAGUCAGUCUCUAAACACCCCUCCAAGACACCUUCCAAGACACCCUCCAAGACGCCAUCGCAAAAGACAAAGGAAGCUCCAGGCAGUUUCCCAGCAUCCUCGCACUCGCAAUCCCAAGCAGCCGCAGGAGCAUCAAGCCACCACGCCAGUCACAAGAGCAAGCCUGCCACAAAGGCACCCACCAUCAAGUCCAACAGAGAAGCCGACAAUGCAGCUGCAGCAGGAAACGAUUGGGACCAAGCACCAGCCGCCGCUGCUGGAGACUGGGGACAGACGAACGCAGACCCUUCAGCUUGGGAUACCGCUCCUGCCGGCAAAGCCGGUGAUGCCGCAUGGGGAGGUACUCCUGCAGAUGCAAAGGCAGACAAGGCUGCUUCGUUCACAUGGUAAUGAUUUUCUUUCUCACUCUCACCUUGAAUCAACGAGCCAUGCAAGACUUGAGAAGAAAGAAUUUUGCUGACGAGACAUUCACGUGGAUAAAGGGGAAAUGCACGUAUCGUUAUCUCUAUCAUCGGUGU